AUGUCGUUGGAUCAAUUCAUUCGCUUAGCCGAUAGCAUUGUUGAGUUCGAAGCUGACCUAAACGAUAACAGAUAUCCUUUGACAACACAUCAUGCACUCGAAGUGCAUCGUUUCGAACUAAAGUCGCUUUGGAAUCGAAUUAGGAUAGCUUACGAACAGUUCUUAGCUGAGGCUGAAAAAGAAACUAAUGAGGGAGAGGAUCCAAUUGAUAUAGAAUCAUUUAAGCAAAAGUAUAAAAGCACUUACACUACAUAUUGCAAUUGUUUGACAAAAGUGGGCCAGCUGUCUGACGAUCUUCGUGACCAGCAAGUUUCAAGUCCGGAAGUGGUGACACGUCCAACCGAUCUUUCCGCUAUACGCAUCUCUUCUCAUGAUGUUAUCCCAAAUCCUAUUCCUUCCGUAUCUCAUAGUUUUCACUUGCCACCUGUUGAGAUCGAAACAUUUCAUGGUGACUAUGCUUCAUGGCCUACCUUCCGGGACAUGUUUACCGCGAUUAUGUCCAACUCUAGGGCCAGCAAUGUCGAAAAAUUGUUCUUUUUAAUGCAGAAAACAACAGGUGAGGCCAAAGAGAUUGUUCGAAAAAGUCCUUUAACAAAUCAAGGUUUCGACUUGGCAUGGAAAAACCUAUGUUUGCGAUAUGAGAACCGGAGAGUAUUGGUUAAUGGUCAGUUGAAGAUCCUCUUCAACCUAAAACCAAUUCAUUCCGAAUCAGGCACCGCUCUCAAACAAUUGCAAAGAGAUAUAAAUUCCUGUAUAUCUAUUCUAAAACUUUACAAUAUUGACGUCGCUAGUUGGGACCCUAUUUUCGUAUUCAUAUGUACGAAUAAGCUUCCAGAGAAUACCUUGACGCUAUGGGAACAACAGUUAAGCGAUAAGACUGAAAUUCCAAAGUGGUCAGAGUUAGACCAAUUCCUGACUAAUCGCUACAGGACCUUGGAAUCUGUCACAGAGAUUCGUGGUUCAAGUUCUACCAAAAGCAAUGAUCAAAAACCAAAAAAUAUGUCCAGUUCCAUUUCUAAUAAAAAAGUUCAUAGCUUUCAAGCAAAAGUGUCCACUCCUAAGUGUCAGUUGUGUCCAAAAGAAACCCACACGAUUCGUAAGUGCGCCAAAUUUUUAAAAAUGAGUUAUCAACAACGCCUGGAAGAAAUCAAAAAGGAGGGUUUGUGUCUGAAUUGUUUUUCGAAAACGCACAGUGUAAGAAAUUGCACUAGUAAACAUAGUUGCUUUAAAUGUCAAAAAAGACACAACACUCUUCUUCAUAAGGAUGUUGAUAACUCUAAUUCCUCUCAACAAGGCCCAAGUACCAGUAGUUCAGCACUCAAACCUACCUCGGCCCCCUAUUAUCCUUCUAAUUCUGGUCCAAUACAGUCCACUAAUGAUUCCACUUCUGGCCGAGUUCAAUCUUGUUUUGCUUCUAAUUCAAAGUGUGUUCUACUGGGAACAGCUUGGGUGUACAUUUUACAUUUGGGCACAAAAUAUCAGGUACGGGCAUUGAUAGAUUCUGGGUCAGAAGGAACGUUUAUUUCUGAGCGACUUCUGAAUACCAUUAAACUUCCCUCACAGCCUAAUAAUGCACAGAUUUCUGGGUUGAAUAACACAGUUUCUGCAAAAGUUCAACGUCAAUGUUCUAUUGUUGUGGGUUCUAAUAUAAAUAGCGACAUCUCCAUUUCAGUCACAGCUCUAGUGGUUCCUCACUUGUCCAAUAACCUCCCUUCUCAAAGCUUUUCUCAUUCGAAAUUUUCGAGCCUUCCUGAUAUUCAAUUGGCAGAUCCAAAGUUUUAUUCAAGUUCGAAAAUAGAUAUGUUGAUUGGCGGUGACGUGUUUCCAUUAAUUGUUCGUUCAGGGAUUAUACAUAAUGUAUGUGAAUCUCUUUUAGCCCAAGAAACCGUUUUCGGAUGGAUUCUUACCGGGCCGGUUACACGUCAGUCCAAUACCAAUCUUACAAUUGCUUCUCAUUUUUGUGAAAUUACUUUGGACAAGGCCAUUUCGCGCUUUUGGGAGGUGGAGAAUCUUCCUAAGAAGAACUUUAUGUCUCCUUCUGACAGGGCAUGUGAAGAACUAUAUUUUCAAACGACGAGUAGAAACUCAGAUGGUCGUUACAUAGUUUCGUUACCCUUUAAGGAGGGUUUUCCAGAUAGUCCGAGCAUUGGUCAUUCUCGAUCCAGUGCGAUGGCACAAUUUCUUCGAAAUGAGGCUAGGCUAAUUCGAAAUGCUGACCUUAAAUUCGAAUACGACAAGGUUGUUCGGGAAUACGAAGAACUUGGUCAUAUGACCAAAGUCAGUUCUUCAAAUCUCUCUGAUAAUUCUAAGGUAUAUUACCUUCCACACCAUGCAGUCGUUAAACCUGAUAGCCUCACUACAAAGGUCCGUGUAGUGUUUAAUGCUUCGUCUCCUUCUUCCAAUGGACUCAGUCUGAAUUCUGUCCUUCAUGUAGGUCCUAUUCUGCAAAAUGACCUUACUUUACUAAUUCUAAGAUGGCGAUUCUUUAAGUUUGUUUUCAAUGCAGAUAUUCAAAAAAUGUAUCGGCAGAUUUUGGUUGAUCCGAAACACACUUCGUAUCAACGAAUUCUAUUUCGUGAUAGUCCGAAUAGUCCAAUAUGUGACUAUGAAUUGAAAACGGUAACCUUUGGUGUGAAUUGCGCGCCAUAUUUGGCGAUUCGUACACUUCUACGACUAGCAGAUGACGUUCAGGACACUUUGCCCAUAGCCAGUUCGAUUCUUCGAAAGUCGAUGUAUGUGGACGAUGUUUUAGCCGGAGCACAUUCAAAACGAGAUGCCAUAAUUGCAAAAAGGGAGCUAAUCCAAGCUCUACACUCAGCUGGGUUCGAGUUGAGAAAAUGGACAUCCAAUUCCGUGGAUAUAUUAACAGAUAUUCCAAAAGAUCAUUUACUACAUGAACAUUUUCUAAUAUUCGAAGAUAAUAGUUCUGCAAAAACUCUGGGAAUUCGUUGGAAUGCUCAUUCCGAUGAGUUUUACUUCGAUGCAAGACAAUUCGAGAAGUCGACAGUAUAUACGAAAAGAGAAGUUCUUUCCAGAAUAGCCAAAUUGUUCGAUCCUGCUGGAUGGCUAGCGCCAUGUAUUGUUCUAGCAAAAAUGCUCAUGCAACGUAUAUGGAUAGAUGGCACUGAUUGGGACGAAAACCUAUCUCCUGAAACACUUCAUCAGUGGAAGUCAUUCGAAGAAAGUUAUCCGUCAAUCAAUUCCAUUCGAAUUCCUCGAUGGAUUGAUUAUGUUAUAAAUGCUGAUGUCCAAUUCCAUGGAUUUUGCGAUGCCUCGGAGAAAGCUUACGCAGCAGCAUUAUACAUCCGCAUAUCCUUAAAUAGUUCUGUUCAAACACAUUUGAUUUCAUCUAAAACUAAAGUUGCACCAAUCAAGACACUGUCCAUUCCAAGACUUGAACUUUGUGGUGCAUUACUUCUUGCUGAAAUGAUUGAGAACCUGAUACCAAGCUUAGAUGUGGAUAACUAUACCAUAACAUGUUGGACGGAUUCAACAAUUGUACUUUCCUGGCUUGCAAAACCAGCAUGUAAUUGGCUUACCUUCGUGGCUAAUAGAGUUUCAAAAAUAACCCAAAUAGUCCCCUUUUCUAGAUGGAAGCACAUAAUCUCCGAAGAAAAUCCAGCUGACUUAGCAAGCCGUGGUAUUUCACCAUCAGAACUAAACAACAACAAAUUAUGGUGGUUCGGUCCUUCUUGGCUUAAGAAUUCCAUUUCUGAUUGGCCAAAUCAACAUUUGUUCGAUACUCCUAAUACAGAUCUAGAAAUCAAACCUAUUCGCGUCCAUUUUUCAUUCUUUUCUGAUUUCGAUGAUUUGUUAGAAAGAUUUUCAUCAUUUUCAAAGGCAAUGCGCGUAAUGGCAUAUGUCUAUAGGUUUUUCUACCGUACACAUCCAAGGUUUCGUUCAAGUUUCUAUAAGGAUUCCACCCUGAUCUCAAGUUGUGAAAUAAUUUCCGUUCGUGACAGACUUAUUUCCGUUUGUCAAAAGGCAGCUUAUCCAAACGACUAUAGAGCUCUUUCAUCUCGACGAGUUGUUUCCAAAUCCAGUAGUAUCCUAAACCUCAAUCCGUUUCUAGAUGAAGAAGCUGGCGCCCCACAUAUGGGCGGCCUAUGGGAGGCUGGUGUGAAGAGUUUCAAAGCACAUUUCCGAAAAACUGCAGGCUGUCACAAAUACACGCAUGAAGAGUUAUCCACACUAUUAUCCAAAAUUGAAUCUUGUUUGAAUUCCCGGCCAAUUUCUCCAGUGUCAACUGAUCCUACAGAUCUUUGCGCAUUAACUCCAGGUCAUUUCCUUAUAGGUUCACCAAUCCUCGCACCUAUCGACCCCCAGGUUAACGACUCAUCCGUAUCCAUAACUAAUCGAUGGCAAAAAUUAAAACUGGUUCAUCAAAACUUCUGCCAACGAUGGAAAAAUGAGUACUUGAAAGAACUUCAUAAAAGAAUAAAAUGGCAAAGACCCGAGCAGAAUCUACAAGAAGGAUCACUUGUCGUCAUAAGAGAUGAAAACCUCCCACCGAAUUCAUGGCGACUUGGUAGAGUGACAAAAAUCUACUCUGGCUCAGACAAUCGAGUUCGCGUUGCAGAAGUUUUCACACAACGAGGCAUUAUAAAGCGUCCAAUCGUUAAACUUAUUCUUCUGCCUACAGAAUCUGAGUUGCGUCCCCCCUCUUAG